AUGACCGACCGGAGCGAGGGCACAAUCCAUGAGCCACACAUGGACGUGCCCGAGAUUCAUAUAGCACGUCCACCAGCGACCUACUUUCCGCAAGUUACAGUGGCGCAGCCCGGUGAGCCGUUAGAAGAGGCCCGUGCGCAAACAGCCAUUCCGCAGUUGCCGACCCAUGCAGCGCCCGCCGGCGGUGAGAAAAUGUCGGUUCCCCACACGCCCCGCGUGUCGCAUGAGCAAGAUUUUUUUGACUGGGACACGGACCACAAUGUGGACGAUGCAGCGAAAGAUGACGGCAAGGUCCAAAAAACAGGCUUUAACUAUCGCAAGCUUACUGUCCACAAGUUUGUCAUGUUCCUCUGUGGCACGUUUCUCGGGAAUUUGGUCGUGGUUGGGAUCAUGUUGAUUCCUAUUUUGACCGUCCGGUACGAGUACAGGAAAAAACACCCCAACGAUCGGCACGCUGACUACAUUGCCAGCAAUGUCGAGGCAUGGUUCAUCUGGGCCGCGGUGAAUUUACACUUGCAAUGGUGGGGUCAUUUCCUCCUUGAGCUGCUUCCUGCGACUGUGCUUGGGCUAGUGCGUCUUUUUUAUGGAAUUCCAAGCAAGGCACUGCAGACAUUUGUCGAGUACUACCGCGCGAUUGUCCAGUAUUUCAAGUUGAUUGUGUACGCGGCGAUCAAUUGGGCGUCCUGGACGAUUAUUUUCAAUUCAAUUUACCAGCUGUACUCAGCCCGUAUGCCCAAAGACAACAGCUGGGCUCCGUACACGUAUCGAGUAUACCAGGUGAUGGAGUUCAUCUUCUUUUUUGUGCUGACGUUGUGUGCGGAAAAGAUUGUGAUCAAGUUCAUCGCGAUCCGGUUCCACCAGUCGUCCUACGCAGAUCGGAUUCAGAGCACGACGCACGCAUUCAAAGUGUUCGAUCACUUGUACAUCUACCGCCCGAAACAGUACGAUGCGAUGGCUGCUUCGGCGCCUGCUUUCCAAAAGAUAUUUGCGAAGCGUGCAGAGGACACCAAAAACCGCUUUCGAGACUGGCGCGCAUUGUUUCGCCGCCAAGCCCAAAAUUCAUCGGCUGCGGCGCUGCGGCUCGCCGCGAUCGGCAUGCGCGAUCCAGCGAUGCUCCUGAAGGCCACACAAAUGGGCGUCAAAACGGAAUUAAACACGUCCGCAGAGGCCAAGCGACUCGCGCGAUCGCUCUAUGUCAACUACCAGCGCGAUCGCUCGCGCAAUUAUCUGGUGCCGUCCGACUUUGCGCCUGCAUAUCCAGACAAUCCCGGCGGUGCACGCAAUGCAUUCGCGCUCUUUGACCGCGAUGGAAACGGCGACGUUUCCCAAAGCGAGAUUAAAAGCACGGUGAUGGAGGUAUUCAAAGAGCGCCGCAUCCUUGGAUUUGCUAUGCAGGACCUCAACAAUGUGGUCGGCGGGCUGGACCUGAUUAUGUGCAUUAUCGCAGGCAUCUUCGUGCUAUUUGAAGCGUUUGCCAUUUUCAACGUAAACGUGGCGCAAACUGUAUCUACGUUUUACUCCAUGGGGAUUGCCUUUGCAUUUGUCUUCAAAGAGAGCGCGCAGAACUUAUUCGACUCGAUCAUUUUUAUCUUUGUCUCACAUCCGUACGAUACUGGCGAUGUAGUGAUGCUUGAAGACAAUGUUUACGUCGUCAAACAGCUGCGCCUCCUCUCCACGCGAUUCACCAACACGGCCGACAAUUCCGACUUGUACAUUGCCAACCCCAUCUUAUCCCAAAGUUCUAUUAUCAAUUUUCGUCGCUCGAGCCACCAGUACGACGAGACGCAUAUCCAAGUUGCCUUCAAUACCCCACUGGAAAAGUUAAAUGCGGUCCAGGACGAUCUGAACGACUGGAUCAAAAACGAUCCCGAACACCGCUUCGUCUACCCUACCUACAUUUUUGUGUACGCGGUCAACUAUAUGCGCUACAUGGACUGUACUGUAGGCAUGACACAUUCACACAAUUUCCAGGAUUGGGGUGCACACCUGUACCGAAAAGUGGCAUUUUUUGCCGCACUGAGCUACUUUCUUCGGAAGCACGAAGUUGCAUUUGAGUACGAAGUCGAGUCUGCAAUGGCAUGGGAUCAGGACUGGGAGGCAGAGUACCUCAACAAGUAUACCACGGCGUCGGACGACGCGUCGGACUCGGACGCUGUGCCAGUCAAUCUUUUCGAGCCGCCAUUGCCGACCAAGAUGGCAACGACAGCGUCUGAUGUCCCACAGGGCACCGCGAACAAUAUUGACUGGCCGAGUAGCAUCCAUUAUAUCCCUCCAGAUACCUCAUUCGAGCACGACACGAAACUGGCUGGCGGUCGUCUUGCACAACAUGCGCCGGACGAGAGCACUGCAACGACGUAUAUGUAUUUUCGGCCGCCAUCGGAGCGUGGCGAUGCGGAUGAGAUACGUAAACGGAACUACACUGCUGCAUAG